UGUUUGCUUGCAGGUCCAUUCAAAAUUUUUCUGUUUCUGAACUUUUAGUUCUACUUUUUUCGAACAGUGUAACAAUAACUGAAUAUUAAAUGGAAAUUAAGCAGCUAGAUGAUAGCAAAAAUAAAGCACCGCUCUUCGGCGCGCGUCAUAUACAAUGUCUUCUAAUAUUUCUGGGACUCUCUGCAGCGAUCACGCAACGCGUAAAUCUUUCGGUGGCGAUAGUGGCAAUGAUGGAUAAGAAUUCCACCAACCCCAAUUUUGAGGAGUACCAAUGGUCCGAGAAGACCAAAUCCUACCUGCUCAGCGGUUUCUUUUGGGGCUAUUUUGUAACACAAAUACCGGGCAGUCAGUUGGCGCACAGAUUUGGUGGUAAAAUAACGCUGCUCCUUAGUAUAGUACUAAGUGGCCCAUGAAGACACCAUGGUUGAAGAUACUCACAUCUGUGCCUUUCUGGAUGCUAUUGUUGGCACAGAGCACCUACGCUUUUGGCUAUUGGACAUUGCUAACACAAAUCCCUUCAUAUAUGAAAAGCAUACUGGGACAGGAUAUCAAGAGCAGUGCACUCAUGUCCUCAGCACCAUAUCUGGCUAAUAUGUUUUUGACUUUUGUAUUUUGUGUUUUAGCCGACUUUUUAAUGAAACGUGGCUACACUAGUGUUAAUGUCAGUCGUAAGUUAUUCAACACUAUCGGUUUUUGGGUGCCCGUAGUUCCGAUCAUACUGCUCGGCUAUAUGCGCGCCGAUCAGAGUGAGUUGGCGCUGGUGUUGCUGGUGAUCGCUGUUGGUGUGAAUACAGCCGGCUCUUUGGGUUUUCUCACCAAUCAUAUUGAUUUAUCACCCAAUUUUGCUGGUGUCCUUAUGGGCAUWGCAAAYUGUGCGGCAAAUGUUAUGAGCUUAUCGGCCCCACUGACGGUGGGCUUCAUUGUCACAGAUGCGAAAAAUGUGCAACAGUGGCGCAUUGUCUUUUACAUUGCCGGUGGCAUGUACUUCGUUGGCAAUUUACUGUUCAUCUUGUUUGGUCAGACGAAAAUCCAGCCCUGGAACUAUCCUAGAACUGAGCGGGACGAGCGCGAUCACAUCCGGUUUGAAACUAUCAAAAUGGAGACCGAAAAGAUUUGAGAGGUCUACGCCGUUAUGAAGAUGUAGAUUGCAGUAUUAUUAACACUUAAAUUGCUYUGUUGGCGUCCUUUGCGGUCUUCAGCAGCCAAUUUUAAAAAUUAAUUUAAUUUAACAAAGUAGUAUAAAUCGUGUUUAUGUUUAGUGAAAAGAAAACUUCUGUUAUAACUGUUAGUGCCUAUAUUUUCACUUGCCUAUCUGGAGAUAAAAAAUAAAUAAA